AAGAGAGGGAAAAAGGAGAUCGAGAGAGAAACAGGUGGAAGAAGAGAAGAGAGACGGAGCAAAGGGAUCACACAGCCCACGAACAUUCGUGCGCACACACACCCCGGGCCGCAAGAGACAGAAGACGAGACCACACUUCAGAGCAACAGAGCUCCAUCGUGGAAGAUGCCGAAGCCUUCUUGGAGCUGUCUUGGGGCCCUGCUCGUGGCCUUGCUGUUUCAGGCCUCAGUGGAAGUUAAUGGUCAAUGUUCAGAGGAAGGCCAGUGGGAUGUUGCAAUGAUUAAAAGUGCUCUGAUGCAAUGCAUCGACUCCCUCGACGUGAACAGCUCACCCGGGGUACUUGAAUUUAAAGGCGCUGGACAAGGAAAGGCAAAUUUGGCCUUAAAAUCCUCUUGGAAUAAAAGUAAGCAAAGAAAAGGUCGCAGCGUCAGUGUCAGCAGCGAUGGAGAGAAUGAGGACCAAAAGAGACAGGAGCUAGUAGCGGAGGACUUUUUGGAUCUGCUCUCUCCAACAGUUUGGGAAGAGGACAAAGAGAUGCAAGGCGAGGGUCUGCCAUUGCUCCGAACAGCCAGACAAUCAGAUCACAAAAGGUCCUACUCCAUGGAGCACUUCCGCUGGGGGAAGCCAGUGGGUAAAAAGAGGCGCCCUGUGAAGGUGCAACCCAAUGGGGUGGAAGAACACUCUACAGAAUCCAAUUCUGCAAACUUCAAAAGGGACCUCCAUAGGAAGCUCAACUACGCUGAGGUUUCUGAGCUAGAUGAUGGUGAAGGAGGUGACGCCAUGGAACCAAAUAGAGACAAAGUGAAAAAGGAUAAGGAGCCCUAUCGGAUGCAGCAUUUCCGCUGGGGUCCCCCUCCCUCCACCAGGAAUAAGCGGUAUGGCGGCUUCAUGGUUUCUGAGAAGAGUCAUACCCCUCUCAUGACAUUGUUCAAAAAUGCCAUCAUCAAGAGCGCCCACGAGAAGGGGCAGUGAAGGAAGAGCUGGGGGAGGGACAACCCUCAGUUUUCUAUGAGGGAGGCAGCCCUCGAGUCCCUUCUGCUCCCUCUCUCCUUCCCCCUGCAUUCCUAGCUCCCACUUCCCAGGCUUGGGGUGCUACAUAGUCAAGCCCUCAACAGCCAUGCCUUCAGCCGCUAAAGC